UGUUGUUAUGAGUAGAGCGAUUCCCGUCAGAGCUAAAGGGCUAGAUGUGUUUAAUUAUCGAGGUAAUACAACAGUUUGAAGAAGUUUGAAAUUUGUAUCCCCUUUUAUUUUGCGAAUGGAAAUUAAUUAACAAUCCGAAGCCAGGUAUUUUGAAAACAAUGCCACUUAAAGCAGGAACUCAGAAAUCCAAACAGGUUUCAAGCCAAGCUGCACCCCAGUCAGUAAAAGCUCCUCCACCAAAGCAAGCCAAAGCUGCCUCCAAGAAGAAGGAUGAUGAUGAUACGACUGAGAUGGGAGAAGGCACAGAGGAGUGGAUGCAGGGAAAAACCCUUUUCAAACCCCCAGAUCAACUGGAGCUCACUGAAGUUGAACUGAAAGAGGAGAUUACAAGGAUCCUAACAGCAAACAACCCUCACGCCCCUCAGAAUAUUGUGCGCUACAGCUUCAAGGAACGAGCAUACAGACCAAUCAGCAAUGUGGACCAGCUGGCUAUUCACUUCUCACUGGAUGGAAACAUGCUACACAAGGACUCUGAUGAAGCCAGACGACAAGCGGCAAAGAUGGGAAUCUCAGAAAGAACUACCACCACUGAAACGAGUACCGGAGAGACAGAAGAGAGGACUGAAGCUCCGGCCAGUUUGGAAGAGGCAGGAGAAGUGGAGGAGGGAGUCCGCGGUGCCGACAGCCAGAAGGGGAAAAGUGAACAAAAAAUCACCAACCAGUUUAACUUCAGCGAGAGAGCCUCCCAGACACUCAACAACCCCCUGAAGGAACGAGAGUCACAGACAGAACCCCCACCCCGAGCAAACUUUUCAGCCUCAGCCAACCAGUGGGAAAUCUAUGACUCCUACGUGGAUGACCUCGCGAAACAGGAGAGGAACAAAGAGAAGCAGAAAGCACCCCCUACCAAAAAAGAGGACGAUAAGUCCAAGAAAAAGAUGACUUCCAUUGAGACACAGAGUGAUGACAUCACAAAGGUUGCCAAGUCUUCUAAAAUCAUUGAGCGAAUGGUGAAUCAGAACACAUUUGAUGACAUCGCACAGGAUUUCAAGUAUUUUCAAGAUGCUUCUGAUGAGUUCAGGGAGCAGGAGGGCACCCUACUGCCUCUGUGGAAAUUCCAGUAUGACAAGGCCAAGAGACUGGCAGUAACUGCCCUCUGCUGGAGCCAAACCUACAAAGACAUGUAUGCAGUGGGUCAUGGCUCUUACGACUUCACGAAGCAGAGCCGUGGGAUGCUCCUCUUCUACACCCUGAAGAACUCCACCUUCCCCGAGUUCAUCUUCCCCACAAACAGCGGGGUCAUGUGCCUGGACAUCCACAAGGUGCACCCCUACCUGGUGGCGGUGGGCUUCUACGACGGCUGCGUGGCCGUGUACAAUCUGAAGGAAGGGGGGGUUCAGCCAGCCUUCAGGAGCACGGCCAAGUGUGGGAAACACACAGACCCCGUGUGGCAGGUAAAAUGGCAAAAAGAUGACAUGGACAACAAUCAGAAUUUUUUCUCUGUGUCCUCAGAUGGAAGAGUUGUUUCCUGGACACUGGUGAAGAAUGAGCUGGUUUACAUGGAUAUUAUCAAGCUGUCUCUGGACGGAGCCUUGAUGGAUGGGGCUGAGGGGAUGCAGUUGCACACUACGGCAUGUGGAACCUCAUUUGACUUCCACAAACAAACAGAUUAUCUUUUCCUUGUUGGGACCGAAGAAGGCAAAAUACACAAGUGUUCCAAAGCCUACUCCAGCCAGUUCCUGGAGACCUAUCAAGCCCACAACAUGGCUGUUGAUGCAGUGCGCUGGAACCACUUCCACCCGAAAGUGUUCAUCUCCUGCAGUUCAGACUGGACAGUCAAGAUCUGGGAUCACACUAUCAAGACCCCGAUGUUCACCUUUGACCUGAAUGCAGCUGUUGGAGAUGUAGCCUGGGCUCCUUACUCCUCUACAGUAUUCGCAGCCGUCACCACGGAUGGGAAGGUGCACGUCUUCGAUCUGAGUGUGAAUAAGUAUGAGGCAAUCUGUGAGCAGCUCGUGGUGGCAAAGAAGAAAACCAAGCUGACCCACAUCGAGUUUAACCCCGUCCACCCCAUCAUCAUCGUGGGAGAUGACAGAGGCUGUGUCACCAGCCUAAAGCUGUCACCUAACCUGCGCAGGCAGCCAAAGGAAAAGAAAGGGCAGGAGGUGCCCAAGGGACCCGAAGUGGAGGUCGCAAAGAUGGAGAAACUCCUGAACCUACUGCGGGAGCCAGAGAGCCUGGACAACAAAUAAAGAGCAGGAAUGUAGCUGCUGGAGAAUGUCAGAAGAACCCCCACUCUGUACUUACAAAGCAAGGACAACCCCUGGAACACACAUACUGUAUUUACAAAGCAAGGACAACCCCUGGAAAACAAAUAGCACUAACAUCACAUUCAAGAGAUCAGUAUUCACCAAGCCACCCGCAACAUUGUCAUCAGUUUCUCUUUUAUUAAAAAAGAAAAAAAUAUUGAAUGCUGUUAUUCAGUAAAUACAGAAGACAAAUAGUUGUCUCAAUAUUAGUUUAUACAUAUUGUUUUCCUAUUUAACAAUAUACAUAUAUUUGCCUGUCUUUACACAUGAGUAAAUUGACUAUAAUCUAUCCAGAAACUAUAAUAAAUGUAUUUUCAAAACCAUGUUUCAUCUGCUAUUGAAUUAUGGAAUACAUCUCUACAAAUUGUAAAGCGUAAAUAUUAAAUCAAUGCUGCAUUUGAAAGCUGUGCAGAAAAAGCAUACAGGGUGCAUGUGAGUCAGUCUGAAGCCCAGUCGAUUAACCCCUCAGAGGCAUCUCAAUAUGAACUGCUGUCACUUAAGGUAUUAUAAUGCUGCAUUUGAAAGCUGUGCAGAAAAAGCAUACAGGGUGCAUGUGAGUCAGUCUGAAGCCCAGUCGAUUAACCCCUCAGAGGCAUCUCAAUAUGAACUGCUGUCGCUUAAGGUAUUAUUAAAAUAUGUACAACAGAUGGCAACAUGUAAGGAAGUUGAUGCAAAGCUCAGUUUUUCACUAAGUGGAGAUGCAAAACUCCGCAAUCACCCCCUCCUCACCGCACCGCUAUGCAAUCCCUCUUCCUCUACAUGCAUAUCACACAGUAACAGUGCUGUACUCAGUAUGUAUUCAACCAAUGUGUAUUCACUUUAUUAAA